GCAGUUAUAAGCAAGGAGCUUCGAAGUGCAAAACCAGACCGAUAAUGUCGACUAUUUACAGAACCAAACCGGUUCAGGGCCUUAGACUCCUGAACCGGGUUCUAACUAUAUCUCCGCCGUAUAUCCACCGUUCAAUUGCCACCGUAGCUUUCGAAGAAGUCCGGUCUAAACCGGAAAAACCAUACAAUUUCACAGCUUUUAUACUUCACGGCCUAUUAGGUUCCGGUCGAAAUUGGCGAUCCUUUUCUCGCUCUCUUGCUUCCUCCCUUUCUGCAGAUGGCGUUAAUUGGAGAAUGGUAAAUGUGGAUUUGCGGAACCAUGGGAAGUCAGCUGAAAUUGAAGGCUUCGUGCCGCCACAUGAUUUGGAAAAUGCUGCAAAAGAUGUAGCUAAUUUGGUUAAUUCACAGGGUUGGGAUUGGCCUGAUGUUGUUAUUGGGCAUUCCAUGGGUGGAAAGGUCGCAUUGCAAUAUGUUGAGAGCUGUUCUCAUGGGGCAUACGGUCAAUCAGCUCGAUUGCCUAAACAGCUCUGGGUAUUGGAUUCUGUCCCUGGAAAGGUGAACCCUGAAGAUAGCGAUGGAGAAGUAGAAAAAGUUAUGAAGACACUGCAGAGCCUACCUUCACCAAUCCCAUCUCGAAAAUGGCUGGUAGAUCACAUGUUGGAACUCGGGUUUUCAAAGGCAUUAUCACAAUGGCUGGGCAGCAAUCUUGAGAAAUCAGGGGAUAGCAUGAUGUGGACUUUUAAUAUCGAAGCUGCUAUAGAGAUGUUUAAUUCUUACAGGGAGAAAGAUUAUUGGCCUUUGCUGGAGCACCCACCUAAAGGGACAGAGAUAGCGAUUGUGCGUGCUGAGAAAAGUGACAGAUGGGAUCCGGAGACUGUCCAGAAACUUGAAAGCAUUUGCUCCAAUGGAAUUGGUGAAUCUGAAGGCAAGACGUCGUGUCAUCUCCUUCCCAACUCCGGUCAUUGGGUUCAUGUCGAAAAUCCAAAGGGGCUUCUUGAAAUUAUAACUCCCAAAUUAGCUUCUCUUGUUUAGCUAGUUUCGCUUUUGGUUUUUAUGGAUCCUAAUUUAUACAUUCUUGGGACAUGCACUUUCUUUUUUUCAGAUUCAUUCUCAUGGAUCUGUUUCAUGGCAAGUGAAAGAGGACCAUAUGAGAAUUCUGUGCUUGCAUAUCCUGAUAUCCCUCCGUGUUGUUUCCUGCUUUCAAUAAUUGAAAAGUGAUGAACUCCCUAGUUGCAAGAA